AUGAUUAAAUUGGGGUCGGGAGAUAAGAAGAAAGCUAGACCUUACAUCUACAUUCAUUACUUGGUCAACUCCGAAGGUAAGUCUUCCACUCCUAAUGAACUGAAGGUAAUAUUGUUGGAUAUACAGACUUAUCUUCGAGGACACGGCAAUGCCAACGAUCGACAAUCUCAAACUCUCUCGGAAAAGAUAGAUGGUGCUAUCGAAGCCAAGGACUCACUCUAUCGCUUAGGACAACGAAGAUACGUGGAGUCACCAUCUUGGCAUGAUAACAUAUCGAAGUUCGUCAAGGCACUUGGGACAAGAUUGGAAUUCGAGAUUAGUAAUGGUCACGGUGAUGAGCCAUUGGACCGUCCCAUCACUGAAGUCGGAUACGCUCAAAGUCUCGAACGACUCGAAAGUCACCGAAAACAUAGAUCUUCCAACUACAUCAUGAAUUUGACGGAGGCUGUCUGCAAGGUUCGCUUCCCUAGAAAGUACAAGAACGAGCAGUACAUCAUCUUCAACUUGAUGGAACCAUCUGAUGGAAUGUAUGGGGAGAUAUUAUGCACGAGAUUCGCUCAGGGUUACAUUACAAAUGGUGGAGGAUUCUCUCAUGGCGCUGCUGGAAUUCACGUACACUCUAGUAGGAUACUAGGUGACGAGGUCUGGUCGGAAGCAAGACAGGAAGCACUCAAAGAAGAAACACUUCAGAAGAACGUCAAGGAAGAAGUCAUAAGGUUGAAGGAGAGGAAGGAGAAGUACGAUGAGCUUAUGUCAACUGCGAAGUAUAUGGUGGAAUAG